AUGGCUUCUGAACAACAACGUCCACCACGAGUUCUAGCUUGUGUUUUAUGUCAACAACGCAAGAAGAAGUGCGAUCGCAAAAGCCCGUGUUCAUUCUGCACAAAGGCGGGAAUACAAUGUAUUCCAAGUACACCGGCUCCCAAGCGCAGUCGUCGCAAACCUACAAAAGAACUCCUGGCAAGACUUGAGCGGUGUGAAGAGCUGUUGAAGAGAUGUAGUUGCGUGCAAAAGUCUUUGAUGUAUAGUUCGUAUGAACACAGAGAUAUGGCAAGUCCUACAUAUACAAGUACUGAGGGUAGUAACGGGAGUGCGUCGCCAGAGAGGGAGAAGCUCGACGUUUGA